CUGUGUAGAUAUUGGGGGUUUCUCUGGGUGGGGAAAACACCGAUGAACAGAGUAGAGUAGUAGUAGAUGUUUUUCCUUCAUCGCAAAAGGCGAGAAAGCAGUGGAGACUGUGAAAACAGAAGUUGAAGUUUGCUUCUUGUCUCGUCACACACUUCCUUGAAUUCGUUUCCGCACAGCUUGAGAGGGCCAGCGGCAGCAGGCGCUCAUUGCGCUGCUUUAGCACCCCCAACCCACCGCUGUGAGGGAGUAUGGGUUAAAGCAGUUUUAAUAAAGUCCUUUUCCUUACUCUUGCUUCUUGUCUCGUCACACACUUCCUUGAAUUCGUUUCCACACAGCUUGAGAGGGCCAGCGGCAGCAGUCACUCGGGCUGGUUUAGCACCCCCAACCCACCGCUGUGAGGGGGUAUGGGUUAAAGCAGUUUUAAUAAAGUCAUUUUCCUUACUCUUCUACCCCCCAAAUCACGCUUGGGUACUUGUCUUUCAACAACUGUUCUUCCUGUUAUUGUUCCCCGCUCGUCGCUUAAUAAAAGUUUGCAAGCUGGCAAUAUUAUUCCUUAGACACAUGUGUUGGGAUUUCACAGAUCUUUGUGAGUUUCUUUUAGUAUGUCAGGCUCUGAUUCCCGACCUUGGGGGCGGAGGUGGUAAAAAGAUAACGUCAACCUACUUUCGAGGAAGUGAUACCGGCAGUUGACGUGCAGCUACUUUAUUAUUGAUCUGAGGAAUCUCUACUGGCAGUUGUCUGACCGCUUUCUUUAUGUCAGUGUAGCAAGUCCCAACCUGAAUCUAUCCAUAAGUAAAGCUCACUGUUUUUUUUAAAUGGAAAUCGGACCUUCUGUUAGUAGUCGAUUAAUCAUACUUUCAGUUAUUGGGCUGAAAAAGUGCUGUCCUUAAGCAAAAUACUAACAUUUUUGUAAAGUGUGUAAUGAUAUUUGAUAGUCGGAUAACUGGAUGACCCCUUUUUUAAAUCAUAACCCCCUUCUAUCCCCUGUUGGUCCUUUCCGCUCCCUCCCGCCAUGCCCUAGGACACUAUCCCUCUCUAGCUGAUUUACUGAAGAAUUAGGGACAAAGCCAAAACGAAUUAGAAAAGCUGCCGAAGAAUGUUUAGAAAAUGAGAGGAUUUACCAGAGGAGGAUGCAGUAGCUUCUACCUCCGAGUGGGGUGUGGAGAGAGAAAUAAGUAACAAGACACUAUGAAGUAAUCCACAAGCAAAGAAAGGGCCACAUGCAUCUGUAAACCUUAUUCAGAUCUUCUAAAAAAAACAAAACUCUUUCAAAAUGAGGUUCUUUAGGAAACGAUUUGCUCCUUUAAAACUUGCAUUAAUUGGAGUGGUAUUUAUUAUUAUUCUUUUUAUAAUGCAAAGGGAUGUUGCAAGUGACAGUGCCCCAGGGAGUGAUCCCUGGAAAAACAUAGUAGACAGGAAGGACAAAGUUAUUGAUAUGAUGAUAGGGGCAGUUAAUAACAUUAGAGACUCUAUGCCCAAGUUACAGAUCAGAGCACCGGAAAAGGAGGAGGCUCCAGUCGACAACAGUAAAUCAUGUUUGCAAGGUGUUUAUACUCCUGCAGAGCUGAAGCCUUUUAUGGAACGCCCCCCUCAGGAUUCUAAUGCUCCUGGUGCUGACGGGAAAGCUUUCAAACAUGACACAUUCACACCUGAAGAGACAAAGGAAAAGGACCGUGGAAUGGAAAAGCACUGCUUCAAUCUAUUUGCCAGUGAUCGCAUCUCGCUGCAAAGAAGUCUUGGUCCAGACACUCGACCUCCAGAGUGCAUAGACCAGAAGUUCAAACGCUGUCCUCCCCUGCCAACCACAAGUGUCAUCAUAGUGUUCCAUAAUGAAGCCUGGUCUACCUUACUGCGGACCGUAUACAGUGUGCUACACACCUCACCUGCCAUUCUUCUGAAGGAGAUUAUCCUUGUGGAUGAUGCCAGCACAGAUGAUUAUUUGAAGGAGCAGUUAGACGAGUAUGUAAAGCAAUUUCAAAUUGUGAAAGUUGUACGGCAGAAAGAGAGAAAGGGGUUAAUAACUGCAAGACUUCUGGGUGCCAAUGUUGCUGUAGGUGAAGUCCUUACAUUUUUAGAUGCACAUUGUGAGUGUUUUUAUGGCUGGCUGGAGCCCCUGCUAGCCAGGAUUGCCGAAGAUUAUACAGCUGUGGUCAGUCCUGACAUCACCACCAUUGAUCUAAACACAUUCGAAUUCUCUAAACCUGUACAGUACGGGAGACAACACAAUCGAGGUAACUUUGACUGGAGCUUAACAUUUGGAUGGGAAGGACUCCCAGCUCAUGAGAAGGAGAGAAGGAAAGAUGAAACCUACCCUAUCAAGAGUCCUACAUUUGCUGGUGGUCUUUUUUCUGUUUCCAAAGCAUACUUUGAGUAUAUUGGAACUUACGAUGACCAGAUGGAGAUCUGGGGUGGUGAGAAUGUUGAGAUGUCAUUCCGGGUGUGGCAGUGUGGUGGACAAAUGGAGAUCAUCCCGUGUUCUGUGGUUGGUCAUGUGUUCCGUACAAAAAGUCCUCACACAUUCCCAAAAGGCACCCAAGUUAUAACCAAAAACCAAGUCCGCCUAGCUGAAGUCUGGAUGGAUGAUUAUAAAGAAAUAUUCUACAGACGAAACCAGCAAGCUGCAAAAAUGGCAAAAGAGCACAAUUAUGGAGAUAUCACAGAGAGACUCCAGUUAAGAGAGCGGCUGCAUUGCAAGAAUUUCAGUUGGUACCUAGACAGUGUCUAUCCUGAGGCUUUUAUCCCUGACCUUAUUCCAACCUCCUAUGGUGCGAUCAAAAAUUUGGGGAAGCAGAGCUGUCUUGAUGUCGGUGAACACAAUCGUGGAGGAAAGCCACUAAUAAUGUACCCUUGCCAUGGAAUGGGAGGCAAUCAGUAUUUUGAAUAUUCAUCCCACAAAGAACUGCGUCACAACAUUGCACAACAGUUGUGCCUUCGCAUGAAUUAUGGCCCUGUACAGCUAGAGGCAUGCAAGUUGAAAGGGAAGGAAACUAAUGUGGCACCAGAAGAGCAGUGGGAAUUGACAAAUGAUCACCUGAUCAAAAAUGUUGCUUCUAAUCAGUGCUUAACAUCUGAGGGGGAGCACCCAUCAAUGACUGCCUGUAACCCAUCAGAUGUAAAUCAGCAGUGGAUUUUCACCUGAUCUCCCGUGGAAGGAAUGAACAAGUUUAUUCAUAGCAACAGUUACAGCACACAGUUUUGUUCAACCAGUGAAACUGUUUAAUAAGUAGUCUCCGAAUGAACUAAGAAAAAAAGAAACCCGACAAAAGAAUGACCACUCAAAAUGGACAGAAGUAGUGAUGUCUCACUUCCAAGAUGCAGUGUACUAGUCUGAUUAUUAUGACACACAAGUUAGCAGCACUAAUCCAGACAUCAGCUUACAGUUCAUUUGUUGUAGGUGCAUGAUAAACGCAACUUGUUUCACUUCUUGGGUGUUCAAACCCAGGCACAUUCUUUUGCCUGUGUACCUGCAGUAAAUGAGCCAUUAUCUAAGCACUGGCUUUUGCUGUGCUAUUUACUUUUCUAAUGAACUCUGAAACAGAUGUGUGUAUAUAAAAACAAAGAUUAAAAAAACAUUGCUGAGCCUGGGAAGUGCACAUUUCAGAGACUCUGAAACAUGUCAAAUGUUGAACACUGUACAGCUUCUCACUGUGUUCCUAGUUCUGUUCCACUAGUGAUAAUGAAGCUUCAAGUUCUUUGUCUGGUUUGAGAAGAAACUAAACUACUGUAUGAGAUUGUAGAACAAAGACGUUUCUGCAGUUCAUUUGCACAGUGCUACUACAGUCUUGAUCUUAGAGACAGUCUCACAUGCAGCUGCCCUAAAAAUGUGCGCAUUUAGGAACGGUUUGAAAAAUAAAAUUUGUAUGUUGAUAUAUUUGAUCAGUAAAAUAUUAACAGUGCCAUGAAGACCUCUUACAUUGUAAAAUGGUCUUUCAUUCUUAAGUUAUUAGACUUUGUUGCAAUCCAAGUUCAUACAUGUUGUACCCUAAAAUUGUAUGCAGGAGCACUUUUACAAUGGUGUGUGUUACGCUCACUGUGAUGUAGAUUACAUAUUACUACUAAGAAUUUGUGCACUUGCUGCUAAUGAGUCUUUGGCCAAAAUCUCUCCAUUUCAUGUCUGUUCAUUACUUGGAAGGUACCUGCAAUUCUGUGGUGCUGUCGGAUCUGUUAGGCAUGGUCUUAGAAUGGCAUUUUGGGAGAACAGUGCUACUUUUAAAAAAGGGUAGUCUGUCUCACUGUACAUUAUAGUUUAACACACAGGUCUGAAUGGAUGCCCUCAAAAGAGAUGUAUUCCAAACAUAUACAGAUAAUAAGGCUGCUGUUGAUAAAUACACAUUUUGGUAACUGUGUAUCUGCUGAUUGCUGUGUUAGCUGUGUAAGAAUCAUCUUUAACGUAGACAGCUAAGAGUGGAAUUGGCCAAGAGAAGAAAUUUCACCUUAUUUGCAUCCUCAACAUGCACUUUUGCAGGGAUGCAUGUAGGUGCCCUUGUGUAGAUGUAAUGUGUGUGUGUGUGUGUGUCUAUAUCUGUAGAUGUCACACAUACACACCCACAUAGAUAUGUAUACACACAAACACGCACACAUGUGUGGGUGUGUGUAUAAGUGCGCGCCCACACAUAGGGGAGGCAAGUUGUUUUAAUAAAAUUAAUGCAUUGCUUAUAUUUUGAAUUUCAGUCAGAGUACUUGGGCUUUUUUUUCCCACCAGAUUUCACCAUUACCACAUGAUUGUUCCAUAGAGGAAACUUUCAUCAUUUCUGGCUCACGGGAUUACCCAUUAAGAGUGUGUCAUAGUUUUCAUUCUUGUUUUGUUUUUCUGCAUUUAUUAAAAUAUACCCAUGUUGUGCUUUCACCAUCUAGAUGGUCUUUAUAAAUGUUUAACUCACUGAUCUCAUUUGUUACUCAGUGAUAUCAGCUGCUGUUGUUGGUAACAGUGUUGUGUAAGAUGGGCACAUUGCUUGUAGUUAUGAAACAAGCCUUAUAAAUAUUGUUACUAUCUGUGGUUACUUACCAGCACUAAUGCAGUACUUAACUCAAAACAUUCUGAGUGCAAACCCUGAGCAGGUGUUGAAAGUAGUUGCAGUAUUAUAGUAUUUAUCAGAAAUUUUGUAAAAGACCCUUUCCCAAAAAUGGAGUGGGUGGGAGUAUCUGGGGGUUACAAUAUUAGAUUAAAUCCACUUACUUCAAUCAUAUCUAGCCAUGAAUCAGUGCUUGCUUAGCCCAGUUUCCAAGCCUGUAGUUCUAAUUUGAAAGAUGAAAAUGUUUAUUUUUAAAGACAUGAUGCACAGUUUCAGUAUGUUUCCCUAGAUCAGAAAGGAUUUUUGGUCAUAAAACAUGAUGGCAGACAGCAGAGUAGUGGCAUCACUGUCGCUGGUAAUUCUAGCAGUGUCUUGUUAUUGAAGGAAAUACAAAGGCUAUCCAUCUUUCCAGCAGAAAAUACUUGUCAUAUAUUUGAAAAAAAAUGUCUCGGCAGUCAGGAAAAAAAUAUUACUAUAUAAAUCAAUAGCAAGGAAGGAAGAGCAGAUUUUCAAGAUUUUUCUGACCAAGUCUCAUAAGUCUGCACUAAGAAUUCUUUCAAUGUUAAUUUCUCCUUCCCAGAUAUGUUACUAGGUACGUCUUGUAUGGUGGUAAUGUAUUGCAGUCCUUUGGUUGUUGAAACAGUUUAGCUGUGUGGCAGACUUCACAUUUCAGUGAGAUGUUGUCUGUCUUAAUGCAUAUUGGAGCAAUGUGUGAAUGUAAUUUGUUUUAUCGUAAUUUGUUUUAUCAGAAUUUGAAAUGGAUGGAAUUCAUGUUUUCCAUAAUUUCUAUGUAGUCUUAACAAUAUUUUAUGUUAAAACACAGGUAUGUUCACUGCUGGUCCUGUAAGUUGAAGAUCUUCUGUUAAACUGAAUUGCACUCACAAAGUUUUAACAUUGUUUAAUCUAAAUUUUGCAGUGGUUAUUUUGUCUAAGAUUGUAAACUUCUGCUUAAUAGUGUUAUAUAGCGUUGUUACUGCUUUUUUAUUAGUUCAGGAGAUUUUUGAUGCUGGCCCAUUAAUUACUGGUGCGACAUUUGACCUGGUUGUUAGAGAUGUUUUAAUGUUCUGAAUUUUUACUGUUGUCAUUCUUGAAACCAAAGACCCCCCCCCCUUUUUUUUUUUUUUAUAAAUUUCUGUUUGGCAUGAGUUGCAUCUUUUGUCAUUAUUUCUGUUAUGUUUUAUUUUUGUCCUAUGACAAUGGUUUUCUUACCAUUGCAGAGAUCAUUUCAGAUAACAUCCAGGAUGCUAAAAUGGUGUAAUAUAUUGCAGCAAAUUGACAACACCUCAGUGCCUUGAAAUGUGGAGCUAGAACAACUCAGAUUACUGACUACUGUUAUAAUAUGAUAUUAUGUAAAUAUCUAACAAAAUUUGUGAAAAUGUAAAAUGAAUCUGUAUAUAUUGAAAUGUUAUGUUUCAGAAUUUUAGAAUAUAUUGCAUAUAAAGUCAAAAACAGGGUAAAUAUUAGGUUUUAAGUCAAAUGUUUGAGAACUGGAAUGUGGUAAUUUUAUGCACCAAGGCCCCAUCAGUGGUUUGGCCCAUGGAAGAAACCUUAAAACAGCAUUACAGAUCAAAACUGUUUUUGUAAAUGGCUUAUUCCUGUAGUCUUUUAAAUGGCUAUUGGAGUAUGUAUUUCAGAGUGUUUUGUACAUUUGGCUCUGUGUAUGGAUAUAUUUAAUCAAUACUAUGUUUCCUCAGGAUUGUAGUGUUUUUUUACGUGCCAAAGAUCAUUGGGUUUUUUUCCCUUAACCAGUGAGGAGUGAAAGUGUAAUUCAUUUUUAAAAUAUUUAGAUUUCAAACAAAAGUAGAUAUAAUAUAGACCUAAUAUAGAAAAGAUUCUGAAAUAUGAAUUAAAAGAAAGUGGCUAGUUAUUGUACCUUUUCUUGGAACACACUCCAUUUUGGGGUUCUGCCCAUUAUUGUGUGAUGUAAAUGUUCCCGUGUUGUUGUUGUUUUUCUGUUGGCUGUGUGUGGCCUAUCUUUGGGAACUAUGUAUAACUGGGUACGUACUGUUAGUUUUAAGACAGUGCAGUGCCUUUAAAUGUCAAGGGUACUACAUGCCAUUUGACUAGGUGGAUUUUAAAGUGCUCCAUUUCAAGUUAUUUACUGAAGAAGGAUCAUUUUUGUUUGCUCAAAUAGCAUCAUAUUUCAUUUUGCUUGUAAUACAGUCUAAAAUACUAUUAAACAGCAGUACAUUUAGUUUUCAACUCCAUGUGCUAAUCCCUGCAUUUGUUUGUAUGCAGUAAAGGCUCACAUGGAAACUGUGGAAUGCAGCAGCCUUUGGAAUCAUACUUUAUGUCCAGCUAAGAAAGUUAAUCACAGUAGAGUUGCUUAUCUUUGAGUAUUGUUAAAAAUGCUGCUUGUGGAUUAAGUUAUGGGUAGACAGUAGAUUGUCUUUCGAGGCUGUUUUCUAACAAAGUAAACUGUGGUAUGGUUUUAUGGUACUUUGUUUACAGAGUUUAAAAAAAAUGACUUGCAGACAUUUUUGAGGAUUGCUCACUUACAGCUUAUUUAUGAGCUGAAAAUGCUCAUAUAAGAGUUAUGCUCUUCCACAUAGUUACAAAAGAAAGUUACAAUAGAAAGCUGAUAACUAUUUCACAUAAGUGACUUUAUUUUUAAAAAUAAAUGUAACAAUGUUCUGUGUAAAUGAUGUAUAGUACCUAAUGUAAUGAGUUUAAAACUCACAGCAUUGCUUCAGUGACCUUCUGGUUACUUUAGCUUUAACCGUUUUACAGUGGACAUAACUGCAGGGAUUCCAGAAUGAGUUUAUUAUUACAGUGCCCUAAUAGGUGAAAUGUUUAGUAGCAACGUCUAGCCAGAGAAUGCCCCCUUAUUUUUCAGAGUUGAGCAGUUUUGUUGAGCAGAUUUUGUAGAUUGUCAGAGCGAGAUGAGAUUAGCAUUUUGAAACACUAACCUCAUUUAUUAAUAUGGCACACUUUUAGAAAUGAAAAUGCUUAGAUGUCAUUUGAAUAAUAUCUGAUUUAUAUUUGCGUUUUGUUUAAGCUUUUUUUCUCUUAUUUUGUGUUCCCCAUCGCAUGCCAACCAUCAGCCCUACUCUGACUUGACCAGUUCAUUCAUUACCACAUUUGUUAGAGCUGGUUGUAAGAGUUUUCCAUGAUGGCCAUGUCCAUGCAAACCUUAUUAGUGCAGGAACUCCACUGUGCCAUACCUUGUGACCCAUGCUUGCUUCCAUACGUGCAUCUAAUUAUUGUUGUGUGCAGAUCCAUAGGUUGGCGGAUAUAAAUGAAGUGGCCUACAGUGCUGCCUCUUGCUUCAACACCCACCACAUGGUGUCUGCAGUACAAAUGGUUGCACUGCACACACCCCCAAAGCAGGGGGCUCCAGCAUUGUUUUUUCACUCCUACCCUUUCUGGGCCACCCUGUAUAGCUUCUGAGUUAUGUGUGCCACAUUUAGCACUUUAUCCCGUUGUGAAAUAGAGCUGGCACCUUUUCUUUAAGCUUUAAUACUGAGUGCCUAUUAUCAAGAGGGCAGCUCUAACUUCCUCAUGAAAAUUCACUUACAAGGAAGAGUAUCAUAAAUUUUUGCACACCUAGUAGCCAAGAUACUGAGUGAAGAUUAAAAGGCUAGGAACAACUGGAUGAGAUCAGAUUUUAGUGAAAUUGAAAUAAUCAUAAAAAUAAUAGGAAACUAAAGCAGUCUUGGUCAUUAUGUUCUCCUUAGUCUUGUACUUAUGUUAAAAACAUCUCUAUACCAGGAUUUUAAAUGUUAUGUAAACCAAACUUCAUUUAUUUUAACCACUUUAUCCUUUUCAGAGUCAUGAGGGAGAUUUAGCCUUUUGUGGCAGGCAGUCUUGUCCAGGAUGCCAGCCCACACACACAUAUUUUACAUGUACUUUGAGUUAGUUUGUAAGAUUUCUAGUUCAAUAUUUUACAUGUACUUUCAGUUAGUUCAUAAGAUUUCCACUUCAUCUGUCAACAUACCCUUGUUGACUUGUGAAAUGACUGGAGAGACUAGCAAAACCCCACAUAUUGGAGGGGGGAGAGGGGAGAUUUGCCAGUUUCACACGCACAGUACCCCAGCUGGAAGUGAACCAGAGAACCCAGUACUUUGAGGCAGCAAUGCUGUGCAUUGUUUUUUGUUUUUUUUUUUCCAAAGCUCUUUAGUAAAA